AUGCGCCCUGCAUCGGAUCCGGCGCCUUCAUCUGAAGCCAGUGUGCCACUAGAUGGGGAAAUAUACGAGGAUGAUAUGAUUGACCCAGAGUUCAUCACGUACCAUGGCGAAGAGUCUUUUGAUUAUGGCGUGAAUGACGGAGACAUGCCAGACGAUGCCAUGUACGAUGAAGAUGAAUAUGACGAUGAGUACGAAGAGGAACUUUCAUCUAGUCCGUCUAUUCCUGAUGAAGAUAUCAACUUCGACCUGGUUUACACCUUGCAUACAUUUAUUGCUACAGUGGAAGGACAAGCUACGGUACAGAAAGGUGAUCACCUUGUGCUUUUAGACGACAGUAACAGUUACUGGUGGCUGGUUCGCGUUCUCGUAUCGCAAGAAGUUGGAUAUAUUCCUGCAGAAAAUAUCGAAACACCAUAUGAGCGUUUGGCCCGGCUCAACAAACAUCGAAAUGUGGAAAUCGCUACGGCCAGGGGCCAAGAUAAUGAGCUGCCGCCCAACCAUGUUGCAUCCGGAGAACUUAUCAAGUCUCGUACUUUCGGCGGCAUAAAUAAGCACUCAGGGAAAGUAUCUGCUCUCUCACGACGAGGCUUGCGGGAUACAACGGUGGAACAAGUCGACAAGGCACCUGCCAAAAAGAUGGGUGUUUUGUUUGGUGAGACCGAAUACCUUGAACACAGCGACCUAGAUCACUUUGAUGAGGAGUAUAUGGGCGAAGGCGAGGACGACUACGUGUAUGAUGAUGAACCUGAGCCGGAUGAAGACAAACAAGUCGAUAACCUGGAACAAGAGCUAUCAGAGCCGCGUCAACAAGAGCAUUUGCAGAAUACACCGGAAGUGCUCAGUGAGCGUCAUUCUACGGAAGAAAAGACAUCGCCUACGUCCGAAGAAUCUAACACGCAUGGAGAAUCGAGGUCAAAGCGACCUAACAGUCUCCUUGAAUUCCCAGGUACAGAGAUGGCUUACAAUGUGACGCGUGUAUUUGCCGGCGAGAAUAUUGAGUCAGACUGCACGUUCAAGACAGUUCUUCUGAAUGAGCUCACAACAUCAACAGAAUUAGUACAUCAAGCAUUACAGCGUUUCCAACUUCAAGAUAAUGUGCAGGACUACGCAAUUGUACUGCAUCAUUUGGAUGGAGAAGAACAGAUUCUCCCACCAUAUGAGCACCCGCUUCAAAUGAUGCAAAUGUUGUCGAAUAUAUCAUCAAUGGAGCCACUAGAGGUGCCAUCAAAGCAUGACAGUGCAGGAUCACUGGCCUCCCUACUAGAUACAUCAUCAAGUCGAUGCAUGUAUGAUUACAGCAAUGAUCGAUUCGGUAAAUUGUAUCUUGUGCGGCGCAUUCCGCUGCACAAGCCUGUCAGUGCACUGACUAUGCCAUCAACUACAUCGUCUCAAGACAAACAGCUUCGUUUUACGAUUCAGCUUGUUUUAUACGAUACUGACUUACCUGAUAAUAUGUUUUUCCAUCCUACUACCGGAAACCCUACACGCGGAACAAAGCCCCUGAUCCAGGAGCUUCCUGGAGAGCAGAGGCGCUUUAUGCGCUUAGCCAAGAAUGCCACUGUCGCAGAAGUCAUCGAGGCGGGCAUUGAAGCAUUCCAACUGCCUGACGCAGUUGUGGAUGGUGGCGAUGACAUCGAAGAUCGCACACGAUUCAGUCGACCAAGAUGCAAGUACGUGCUUCACAUCCAAUCGGCAUCCCAUAACGAGCAACCGCUGCAUCCGGCAUCAAAGGUGCUUGCCGCCUAUGAUACGCUUCCUCUACUUCAAUUUGUCGACACUGAUGUAAAGCGUAAGAGUUUGGACUUCACUGUUGCUCCAGGAGUAAUGGACGACAUUUUGAGCACAGAUCCCCUGUUUGUGUUGCGCAUUGCUCGAGAAAAGCGCAAGGAAGAGGGUGUUGUACCCUUAGGGACACCGCGUGGCUGGCAGCCUAGUGUACUUAAUAGGUCACCGCCCUCUCCGUCCUGGUCGGUAUCUAUGUCGUCGAGUCGGGAGCGGGACAACUAUGAAGCCCUACCUAGGCAUAUGACUUGGUCAAACAGACCAAUGGUUCAACAUUCGACACGACUCGCGAAUCCUCUACUCUCUCCGGCAGGCUCCAUGCGUGAAAUACAGGAAUUACCAAAGCCACCGCCAUCCUCAGCUGAUGAUUCUUGGGUCCAGAAAGAUCGUGACGUAAGUCAAGAUGGUGGGUUGUACAGUAGUGCACCAGAACCAUUCGCGCCCCUGCCAUCCUCGUCUGUGCAAAACGAGGUUGAUACCAUGCUGAGCCGCCUUGCUCUCGAUCCAGCACUUGAUCCAUCAAAGCGAGCAUUAACGUCGCCUAUCAAGAUGAGCCCUCUUAAUAUACCGCCACCUAAUUCAUCAUUACAUCGUACGUCUUCAAUACGAAGUGUAUCUGCCAAUGAUAUGACGCCUGAACCUCGCGGCAUGGCUCAUAUGCCGCGUCGCGUCGGUGAUCGCGUCUUGUCUGACUCGACAGUUGCCACAGGCACUGAUCGACAAGGUCGUGAGAAGUACAAUUUCCAUGCGUUGUACGGCAUCGUCGAUGCUUUGGUCCUCGAAAAGACGCUCGCGACAGAAACACAUACUCUGGAACCAGACGCGUCGUCUCAUAAUGGCUUGCAUCGAACUUCGUUGAUCAUGGCCAAGCUUUUAGAAGAAACGCCAUCCGAGAAGAUAUGGACUAAGUGGAAUGGUUUGUUUGCGCUGCCUUGGCCAUCUUUGGCAUCAGCACCCAGCACAUCCACUGAAAAAGUGCGCGAACACUUUAUGCCACUCAUGAAGCAGAUUACCGAGUUGGAAAAUGACCUCGACGAUACAUUACGCAGCGUGCUGGCGUAUCGAGAUGCCUGA